CGCAGGGGCCCGCAACAAGUGGGUCCAUUUUCCAAAGACAGCCGAGGAAAAGGCAGCCGUGAAGGAGGGUUUCCUUCGGCGCGGCGUUAUCCCCGGCGUCAUCGGAUGCGUAGACGGCAGCCUCAUAGCCAUUAUCGCACCCAAGGGUGAGCGCAAGGCUGUGUUCAUGUGCCGCAAGGGAUACUACGCCCUCAACUGCAUGUUCAUCUGCGACGCGGACAUGAAAAUCUUGGCCUUGGACCCUAUGCGACCGGGGUCGGACCACGACGCUUUUGUCUGGCGGACGACAUGGUUGCGCCGGCGGUUCCAAGCGGGGCGCAUCGUGAAUGCCGGGGAAUACCUCCUCGGUGACAGUGGCUACCCCUUGGAGCCGUGGCUCCUGACCCCGGUUCCUGGCCAUCCUCCAGUGCACACAGCCGAGGGGCAGUACAACACAGCACAUGCCGCCAUGCGUUCCGUAGUGGAGAGGUGCAUUGGGCUCUUAAAGAGCCGUUUCCGCUGUCUUCAGCGAUAUCGCACCCUCCUCUACGAGCCGGAACGUGCAGCCAACAUUGUCGCGGCAUGUGCUGUGUUGCACAACCUUCGCCUUUCUGAAGGCGACGAGUCAGGCGAUGACAGUGAUGACGACAGCAGCAGCAGCAGUAGUAGUAGUGAGCUUGACAAUAACGGCGACCCCAUGCCACACAGUCUGCCCCGUAACACGGGCUCUAGAAUGCACUACUUGAGAGGGCGGGCUGUUCGCGACAAUGUCAUUGGCAUGUUUGGGACAACCCGUGCGCAGCACAUGCGUUAUUUGAGGAGCGUGCGGCGGCAGCUGCGACGUCAACAGCAGCGUCAGCAUCGUUAGGUGCAUGCACACAGUUUUAAGUAAUUGCAUUGUGCAUUUCAUGCUGUGAAAUUGCAGAUACAUUUCCCGUGCUAAGUUGUAGUUGAUGUCUGCGUAAUGCAAAGCAUUCAUGAUUUGUUGAGAAAUGUAAAAGUUAAAAAAAUUAAAUUAUGGGGUUUUACGUGCCAAAACCACUUUCCGAUUAUGAGGCACGCCGUAGUGGAGGGCUCCGGAAAUUUCGACCACCUGGGGUUCUUUGACGUGCACCUAAAUCUAAGUACACGGGUGUUUUCGCAUUUCGACACGGGUGUUUUCGCAAUGCAGCCGCCGUGGCCGGGAUUCGAUCCCUCGUGCUCAGCAGCCUAACACCAUAGCCACUGAGCAACCACGGUGGGUACAUAAAAGUUGUGUAGUGAAGGGUUAUGUAAAGCCUGCACUUAUAGUAAGUAAAACAGUAUCGUUAGAGGUGACAUAUGAGAUUGAAAGCAAGCUAAAAAUAAGUGCAUAUUCAAAGUGUCUGCCACAAUUUGCUUGCUGCUGCUGUCGUCAUCUAGAUGCAUGUAGCCUGAUUCUUACUCGUAUCCCCUUACGCAUUGAUGGACAUAAGCGCCUGUCUCCUCACUUUCUACUAGCACAGAGAAGCUCACAGAAGCCAAGAUGUACAGUGCACGUCACACCUUCCGCUCCAUGGAACGUGCUGUUGCACGCGCAGCUUCUAGGUCCUCCACCAUUUUGUCUCGCAACAACGGCAAAGUUCCUUUCGAGUGACGAAAAUGCCGUCCAACUGGUCAUCCGACAUGUCAAACGCUGUGGCUCCCGCGAAGUGUGUGCACGCACGAGCAGUUGAUAGAUUUUAACAAAGUGACCUCACUUGUAUAUAGCAGAACUCAGCAAUGUUAAUCAGUAAUAUUUGUACAGUGCAAGCUAGCACUAGAAAUGUGGUUGCGAUGUGUAAAUAAAAGCACUAGAGGAAAA